AGGUAACCUUCUUCUGGACUGGGCCAUGGUCAGCUUCGAGAAUACUAUAUCUCAGUAUUCGAUACUUGGCUCUAACACAAAUGAUUCUCGUGUUUUAUGGUCUGUCAGCGAGAAUAUACAUGUCAUGGCUCUGACGACUCAGAUUUCAUCCUUGCGUUCAUGGUCAUGGGACUCUGCCAAUGUGUAGUAACAUUGCGAGUGUGGCAUCUAUUUUACCGAAGUCGCUUCAUCAGAGGGCUGGCAGUUGCUAUCCUGGUUGCUUCCGCGGCAGGAGUGGCAACCGCUGGCGUCGUCACGUUUGAUUCUAUCAAGACUGCCAUGUACGGGCUACACGACCCGUCGAUCUUCAAGGAGAACCCUGCAACGUUGUUUGCGAUAUACCUACCAGCCUUGGUCGUCCAUACGACCAUGUUAUUAUUAACGAUAUAUCGAUUUGGCAUUAGCCCAGCAGCCUUGCCGAGACGCGGGAUUGUCCACCGAUUCUUAAAAGAAGGAAUGUUUAUGUAUGCAUUUGCAGCCGGAACGCUACUGUACGAAAUCAUCGCUCUUUCUCUGACUGAACCAGGGGACAUAUCCGUAAGUUUCAUGGUCAUAGUUGCAUGACUCGUUGAACUUUGAAAUUGUUGCCAGGUUUACUACUCAGCUCUGGGGGGAGAGUAAGAUUGUGUCAUCCUUCAUUGUUCACCGAAGCUCACGAGCAACGUCUAUUUCCAGAAUAGCAGUAGCAGCUACAGUCGUCUCCGUCUGUCGCGCGAUGCUAAGCAUCCGCUCCUUGGCUGCAACUUGCCACGUCGAUCCAGCAUGGUUGCUCAAUCAUGCUGAACUCAGUCGCGUCCAAUGGAGAAGAGGGAAUAGUGAAGGAGAAAU